AUGGCGUCCAAAUCCAUCACCACCACCACAAUAGAUGACACAAGUAGUGAGGCACUAGAUGAGCUCUGCAGAGUGACCGAGGAAUAUACCCAGAACAAGAAGGAGACAGAGAAGAUCAUCAAAAAUCUCAUCAAAACCGUCAUCAAGCUGGCCAUUCUCUAUAGGAAUAACCAGUUUAAUCGAGAGGAGCUCACACUGAUGGAGAAAUUUAAGAAGAAAGUUCAUCAGCUUGCUAUGACCGUGGUCAGUUUCCACCAGGUGGAUUACACCUACCACUGGAAUGUGGUAUCCAAGCUGUUAAAUGAAUGCAGAGAAAUGCUGCACCAGAUCAUUCAGCAUCACCUCACUGUCGAGUCACACAGAUGGGUUAAUAAUGUCUUUGAUCAUUUUUCAAAUUGUGAAUUUUUGGCUGCUUUGUAUAAUCUCUUUGGAAAUUUUAAACCUCACUUACAAAAACUUUGA